AUGGGAGCAGCAGCUUCUGAAAUCACUUACCGCUGCUCUCUGAGCCUCCUUGCCUGCGCUCUCAUUCUUGUUCACCUGAAAGCUUCAAAUCGUGUUUUGGAGCUGAAUGGGGUGAAUGUCGAAGGAGCGACACACAAGCAGGUGGUGGACCUGAUUCGCGCAGGAGAGAAGGAGUUAAUUCUGACGGUGUUGUCCGUGCCUCCCCACGAGGCAGAUAAUCUCGAUCCGAGUGAUGACUCUUUGGGGCAGUCAUUCUACGACUACACAGAAAAACAGGCUGUGCCCAUCUCCAUCCCCACGUACAAGCACGUGGAGCAAAACGGCGAGAAGUUUGUGGUCUACAAUGUUUACAUGGCAGGCCGCCAGCUCUGCUCAAAGCGGUACCGGGAAUUUGCCAUCCUGCACCAGAACCUGAAACGGGAAUUUGCCAACUUCACUUUUCCACGUCUCCCAGGGAAGUGGCCGUUCUCUUUGUCGGAGCAGCAGCUGGACGCCCGGCGGCGAGGGCUGGAGGAGUACCUGGAGAAAGUGUGUUCGAUACGUGUCAUUGGGGAGAGCGACAUCAUGCAGGAGUUCCUGUCGGAGUCGGACGAGAAUUACAACGGUGUCUCGGACGUGGAGCUCCGAGUAGCGUUACCAGACAUAACAACAGUGACAGUCAGAGUCAAAAAGAACAGCACUACAGACCAGGUGUACCAGGCCGUGGCUGCGAAAGUCGGAAUGGACAGUAUUACCGCAAACUACUUCGCCUUGUUUGAAGUGAUCAAUCACUCCUUUGUGCGCAAACUGGCGCCCAACGAAUUCCCCCACAAACUCUACGUGCAGAACUACACCUCGGCGGUGCCGGGAACAUGCCUGACCAUCCGAAAAUGGCUCUUCACUACAGAGGAGGAGGUUCUUCUCAAUGACAAUGACCUGGCAGUCACCUACUUCUUCCAUCAGGCUGUUGAUGAUGUCAAGAAAGGCUACAUCAAAGCAGAGGAGAAGUCCUACCAGUUACAGAAGCUGUGUGAGCAGAGAAAGAUGGUCAUGUAUUUAAACAUGUUACGGACGUGCGAGGGUUACAACGAGAUCAUCUUCCCCCACUGCUCCUGUGACUCUCGGCGGAAGGGACAUGUGAUCACAGCCAUCAGCAUUAAGCACUUUAAACUCCAUGCCUGCACAGAGGAGGGCCAGCUGGAGAACCAGGUAAUAGCAUUUGAAUGGGAUGAAAUGCAGCGGUGGGACACAGAUGAAGAGGGAAUGGCGUUUUGUUUUGAAUACGCACGAGGAGAGAAGAAACCCCGAUGGGUUAAAAUCUUCACCCCCUAUUUCAACUACAUGCACGAGUGCUUCGAACGAGUUUUCUGCGAGCUCAAGUGGAGGAAGGAGGUGGAGGAGGAAGCAACAGACAAGGAUAACAAGAACUGCAGUAAAGACAAUAUGUGCAGCAAG